AUGCUCAAGCGUGUGUACGAAGCAUUUCUGUACGUGGACUUGUCGAGUAAAAAUGACAGGAAACAGCUGGAGAAGGAGGGGACCCAACGCUGCAAAGAUGUGCCUAUGCCUCCGAGCGCUCAAUUAAAAAGACCACCAACUCCACUUAUAUCGAUCGGCCUCCAUUUUUUUACGUUUCUCCGGUCAAGCGCGGUGAUCACGAUUUUGAAAGGUCACAAACCGGAAGAGCAAGGUCAUGCAUCACCAGAAGAGAGUACUAGACACCUCAUUAUGUAUGGUGAAAAUCGUGGGCAAAAACGAAUAAAGUGA